GUUUUCUCUGAAGGCAUUUGACUGGUACAUAAGCUACAGCUAAAUAUGCUGGUAUUGGCAAAAUCUAAGGAAAUGGUUUUAGAUCCUGUAUAUUUUGAUGAAAAUUGGCUAAACAGAAUCAAAUCCGAAGUGGGAGAUAAUUGGAGGCUAAAGAUAAGCAAUCUAAAGAAAAUUUUAAAAGGAAUCCUGGAUUAUAAUCAUGAGAUUUUAGGGCAGCAAAUUAAUGACUUCACCCUUCCUGAUGUGAACCUUAUUGGGGAGCAUUCUGAUGCUGCAGAGCUCGGAAGGAUGCUUCAGCUCAUUUUAGGCUGUGCUGUGAAUUGUGAACAGAAGCAAGAGUACAUCCAGGCCAUUAUGAUGAUGGAAGAAUCUGUUCAACAUGUUGUCAUGACAGCCAUUCAAGAGCUGAUGAGUAAAGAAUCUCCUGUCUCUGCUGGAAAUGAUGCCUAUGUUGACCUUGAUCGCCAGUUGAAGAAAACUACAGAGGAACUAAAUGAAGCUUUGUCAGCCAAGGAAGAAAUUGCUCAAAGAUGCCAUGAGUUAGAUAUGCAGGUUGCAGCAUUGCAAGAGGAGAAGAGCAGCCUGUUGGCAGAGAAUCAGGUAUUAAUGGAAAGACUUAAUCAGUCUGACUCUAUAGAAGAUCCUAACAGUCCAGCAGGAAGAAGGCAUCUGCAGCUCCAAACUCAAUUAGAACAGCUCCAGGAAGAAACAUUCAGACUAGAAGCAGCCAAAGAUGAUUAUCGAAUACGCUGUGAAGAGUUAGAAAAGGAAAUCUCUGAACUUCGGCAACAGAAUGAUGAACUAACCACUUUGGCAGAUGAUGCUCAGUCUCUAAAAGAUGAAAUAGAUGUUCUUAGACAUUCUUCUGAUAAAGUGUCUAAACUAGAGGGCCAAGUGGAAUCAUAUAAAAAGAAGCUAGAAGACCUUGGUGAUUUGAGACGGCAGGUUAAACUCUUAGAAGAGAAGAAUACUAUGUAUAUGCAGAACACUGUCAGUCUAGAGGAAGAGUUAAGAAAAGCCAAUGCGGCUCGAAGUCAACUUGAGACAUAUAAGAGACAGGUAGUAGAACUGCAGAAUAGAUUAUCAGAAGAAUCGAAGAAAGCAGAUAAAUUAGAUUUUGAAUAUAAGCGGCUAAAAGAAAAAGUUGAUAGUCUUCAAAAAGAAAAGGAUAGGUUAAGAACAGAAAGGGAUUCUCUGAAGGAAACCAUUGAAGAACUUCGUUGUGUACAGGCUCAAGAAGGGCAGCUUACAACUCAAGGAUUAAUGCCUCUGGGAAGUCAGGAGUCUUCAGAUAGUCUGGCAGCCGAGAUUGUUACACCUGAAAUCAGGGAGAAACUUAUUCGUCUUCAGCAUGAAAAUAAGAUAUUAAAACUUAAUCAAGAGGGUUCAGACAAUGAAAAAAUUGCCUUAUUGCAAAGCCUUCUGGAUGAUGCAAAUCUUCGCAAGAAUGAACUGGAGACAGAGAAUAGGUUGGUGAAUCAAAGACUUCUGGAAGUACAGUCACAGGUUGAAGAAUUGCAAAAGUCUUUACAGGAUCAAGGAUCAAAAGCAGAAGAUGCUAUUUCAGUUCUUCUAAAAAAGAAACUUGAAGAACAUCUAGAGAAACUACAUGAAGCCAAUAAUGAAUUGCAGAAGAAAAGAGCCAUUAUUGAAGAUCUCGAACCAAGAUUUAACAACAGCUCCUUAAAAAUUGAAGAGUUACAGGAAGCUUUAAGGAAGAAAGAAGAGGAAAUGAAGCAAAUGGAAGAACGAUAUAAGAAAUAUUUAGAGAAAGCUAAAAGUGUUAUCCGCACUUUAGAUCCUAAACAAAAUCAAGGAGCAGCACCAGAAAUACAAGCUCUUAAAAAUCAGCUGCAGGAACGGGACCGAAUGUUCCAUUCAUUAGAGAAAGAAUAUGAGAAAACAAAGAGUCAAAGAGAGAUGGAAGAAAAAUAUAUUGUUAGUGCCUGGUACAAUAUGGGAAUGACUCUGCAUAAAAAGGCGGCUGAAGAUAGACUUGCUAGUACAGGUUCAGGGCAGUCAUUUCUGGCUAGGCAACGACAAGCAACCAGCACGAGAAGAUCUUCCCCAGGCCAUGUUCAACCAGCCACAGCAAGAUCUCAGACUCCAGGAAUGUUACAGUUAUCCUCAGUUGGAACCUGUGAGAUUUAUCUGAAAAAGCAUCCACAACUCACAGCUAGUAAGUACAAACCUAGCUAGUGCACAGACACAUGGAUCAGACAUCUCUGGUCCUACAGUGAGAGAAAAGUACUCAGCAUCUUGCUUUUGCUAAGGGAAAAAUAACAACAUUAAGGCAAAAUGCUUUUUGCUGUCUGCUCAUUAAACUAUGGAAGGAUAUUUUUACUUUUUAGCCUAGUAUUAUGAAGGGGCCCUUUUCUUAGAAAUGGCUGUAGAGCGGAUGUAGCAUUGUACUUCUUAACAGCAAAGCCUGUGUGAUAUCCCAAAGUAGGAUGAAGGAGUGUACUCAACAAAAUUAAAAUGGAUAUCAGAAACUUUGAAAAUUCUUUUAGCAUGUUUUUUUCAUUUUGUCCUUUUUUUAAAUAUAAGUUAAAAGGAUUUUCCAUUCUGUAAUGAUCAUCCCUUUUCCUAUGGCUCCCACGGUUAACUUCGGCACCUCCUUUUGGUAGUUGUACAACCUAGUUUCAUUACAUUUAGAAAGCGGUUUCAGAGCCCAUUCUUUGUAACUAUAAUGAUUUUCUAUCAUGUAGUUUUUAUAUGAGGAAGGUUAUUCUCAAUGUAUCUGUCAUCCAAUUUUUUACUUUCUAUAAAGCAUAUUUAAAUAA